AUGGCAGGUCCGUCCAUCCUAGAUGUGGAAGUAGAGGAACUAGGCUCUGAUGGCCGCCCAAGAGCCGUCUUCAAAUGGGAUUCCAUGACUGGGAGACUUCAAAUGUCCAUUCUUCCCUCGAUAACCAUGCCCAAAACGGGCACGUCGCUACUGCACAAGUGUAUGGGCCCAUUCCUACCAGCCGGAUAUCCUUCGACCGUUACACCAGACUAUACACCAUAUCAGAUAUAUGAUUCAUUGCAGGCGUUUGCUUCCACCAUCGCAGGCCUUCUAGCAUCAAGAGCGGUGUUUGUGGGAAUGGGCGUGGGGUCGGAGGAUGCCUCCCUUGUCACCACCAUGUUGUUAUACAUCGCCCAAGAGACUAUUGGUCGGGUUGCCACCAUCUUGUUUGCCCACCAAUUUUCGCAGCGAAUCGAGGCGGAAGUCAAGUUCUAUCGGUUCUUUGCCGAUAUCGUCAACGACACCGCCUUCGUCCUCGACUGCCUGAGCCCUGCUAUGCCAACCCUGGGUCGUGUGGUCACUCUAUGUGUUAGCAACGCCUGCCGAGCGGUUUGUGGCGUUGCCGGUGGGAGUAGUAAGGCCAUUUUAAGUGCCCACUUUGCUAAAGCCGGCAACAUAGGAGAGCUCAAUGCCAAAGAUGGCAGCCAGGAGACUGUGGUGAGCUUGGUGGGCAUGUGGGUGGGAGGCUUCGUCGUCAGCAGAGUCCACGGCACAGCUGCGACUUGGAGAUGCCUGAUUCCUCUACUGGCAUUUCAUCUGUGGGCAAACUGGAAAGCCGUUAGGAGCGUGCGCCUCAGCUCUCUCAAUACUGACCGGGCCUUGAUCUUCUUCCGCGGGAUACUCGAUGGUCAACUCAAAGGCUUGGAUCAAGUCGGAGAGGAGGAGAUUAUCUUGGGCUGGAGUAAUGAAUCCAGUGGUCUCCACGGUCUUUAUCCCUGCCGUUUCCGAGUCGGGGUUGGUCUAAAGAACUUGGUAAUGACCAUGAAUAAUCGAGCCAGCCACCAGUCGCAGGUUUCAGGCGACUUGGUUCAAUUGUUCCGAAUUUUCCACGAGGAAGAAUACGUGCUCUGGUUUGACAUCGAAACAAGGGAAGGGAUAAUCCUGCUGAAAGACACGGCCACAGGCACUACACAGGCCCGGAGUCUCUGUCAUAUGCUUCGAUGUUGCAUCAAGAUCCAAGCACCCACCAACCCCCCUGUUGACGCUGAAGACGUGGAACAGGACGACAGAGGGCCAAGGAGCAGACGCAUUACUCUAGCCAGGGAGCCUGGUGAAAAAUUGCACAUGGUCCAGGAAAUAAUGGAUGCCACAGAGCAUCAAUCGAACGUCUCCAACGGCCGUCAACGCAGCAUCCAGUUGCUCAAAGACACCCUUUACGAAAACCGUGAGCAGUGGAGCAGGAUACGUGAUCAAGCCGAACAAGCUGGUUGGGAUCUUGAUCUUACCAAUUUGGUGAAAGGACACGCCACGCGCAUUCGAUUGAACGCCCCCCUGCAAGACAAAAAGGUCAAAUAA